CAACUUGUCAAAACAUAUUUCUCCCUUUAUGUUCAAACUACUUGAGCAGUGAUCUUUCUUACAUGGCAUACUCAAUUCUUUAAGACUUUUCCACAUGGAUCUGAAUGAUAACUUUCUAAUGAUGACUUGAACAAUAAUUCUUUUAGCAUUCAAAAUAACAAUAUUAGCCUUAUUUUUCAUGGACCUAAAGGGUUUUAAGUUUGCUUCAGAUUUAUCUCGCUUUCUUUAUCUCUUGUCUUUUAUACAUUACAGGUCUUCUGAAUCUGCUCAUUCUUCAUUUCUUUUCUUAAUACGUAUAGACAUAACAGGAGCAAUGGUAUCUAAUGUAGACAGUAAAAUAAAUUUAAAAGUAUGUCAAGCUGUAUUUACAUUCAUCACUUCAUAACUCUUAGGAAGGACCUGUCUGCUCCCAAAACUGCAGAAAGCUAAUUCUUCAAGAAACGUACAGUGACAGUGUUAUGUUUACCAAUGGAGUCACGUAACAAUGUCCUGGUACAAAAAAGUCAUCAUGUGAUCAAUAAUGCAAGAGAAAGUUACACCACUCUUUUAAAUUUAAUGUGGAUCAGAUUCUAGAAUCAAAUCAAUAGUUGAUGAAGAUGAAGUUGAUUUUCUGGUGAAGUCGUUUAGCACGUGUACAAAACAUGUCACAGAGAGUUUUCAAUUCCUCGAUUUAUGAACAUUUGCUGGCAGACUCAGUUAUAUCGUAUCAUUUUUCACAUCUUUGAUGCCUCACACCGAGGGUGCCAGACUGCCGAGGGGGCAUUUCGAAGGAAAAUAUGUACGCAUAUAUAUUUUGAUUUUAAAUGUAAUAUUCAUUUUUAAUAUAAGUAAGGAUAAAAAUAUAUUUACAGGUCUAAUUAUGAAAAAUAUAUCAGCGUAGAAAAAUGUACAAGUGCGGAGAAUAACAGUUGGGCAAUGUCUUUCGAAAACACUAUUCCAAAAACGUCAGGAUUUUCUUACUACCAAAUUCCUGGCUCCCGCAGUGUUAGAUUAAAUCUUGAUUUUCGGGAAUAUAACCAAAUAGUUGCAGGGCCGGCCACAUGUAUACAAGAUUAUCAAGCUGAUGACAAUGACUUUGUUUGUGAUAUCAAUGGUAAACACAUUCCCGCCUAUCUACGAUGCAUGUAUGACAUUGACGAGACUGGUUUUCCUGUCGGCUGCAGAGAUGGGAGUCAUUUAGACAAUUGUGACAAAUUUGAAUGUCCUCGAAAUACAGUAAAAUGCCCCGACAGUUACUGUAUUCCACAACGAUUUCUUUGUGACGGGCUGUUACAGUGUCAAGGUGGGGAAGAUGAGGAAAGCUGUGGCUGCAGUCCGUCUAAUAAUGAAAUAAUCAUCAUUCAUGACGAAGAAAGUUCAAAUGGCCCGCCGAUAGCUCAGUUUGCUAGACAGUUCAGCACACAUAAAAACAUCGUACGGAUACUGGGUUACAAAGCAUCGAGACCUUUACAAGAGUUCGGUAUCAGCAAAAUUUUCCUUGAAAUACGCGACAAAGAAAUUAACCAUGCACCAGACAUUGAAACAUCGUUUGAAUGUCGUUACAAAAUCAUGGCAAGGGAACUGUUAGAAUCUAUUCAUUUUACAAAUGAUGAAAUCAAAGGGAUAGUUAUUAUUCAAAGUAGUGAAAUAUCAAAAGAGGUCAUCAAUGAAAUGUUAGAAAAAGUAUUUUUCUCGAAACCUGACUUUAGAAUUUACAAAGUAACUGAGAAUUUCAAUACGUCAUACGCUUCCAAAGUCAACGUGCCUAUAUCGAAUGUUUUUGACGUACGAGUAAAAAGAUGGCGAGUUCUGGCGGGAAUAGGUGCAGAGUAUUUUAGCGAGAUAUGCAAAGUAUCCACGAAAGUACAUUGUCCAGACGGAUAUAAGUGCGCUUCGAGUAAAACGUGUAUACCAACAGAGCAAGUAUGUGAUGGAUUCAAAAACUGUUUACAUGGAGACGAUGAAGUUAUCUGUAACUUUCAAUGUCCAUACAAAUGUAAAUGCGUUGGAUUUAUUUCAAACUGUAGUGCUACAGACUUCAAUAUAACGAAGUUGAAUACAGUCCCAAAGAAUACACGUUCUCUUGAUUUCAGUUUAAACAAAAAGCUCAGUCCAGUCUUAGAGGAAUCAAUGCUUAAUAUUCGGGCAUUAUCAGUCUUGAGUCUUUCAGGUUGUAACAUAGAACGGUUAUCCCGCUAUGCAUUCGAGAGAAUCAAGAACUUGCUGUCUCUAGAUUUAAGUUUUAACAAUAUAACCACAAUCUCAAGUUAUGUCUUUAACAGCCUGAAACAUCUUACAGUCCUUAAUCUUCGGGGUAAUUUUCAGCUAUCAGUAAUUGAAAUAUAUGCUUUUGCCGGUCUGAGCCUUAUUCAAAACUUGGACUUGGCAAACGCUAAACUGGUAAAAGUUCGAGCAGACACAUUUUCUGGGCUGACACUAAAAAAACUAGAUUUGUCAAAUAACAAACUUGAGGAAUUAGAAGACUUUACAUUUCGUGACUCAUCAAUCGAAGACAUCAGUUUCAAAGAAAAUGGUAUCAAAAACUUCAAUAGAGAAAUAUUUACUGGAUUAAUCGGUUUGAAGAAGCUGGUAACACCUGCUUUUAAGUUCUGCUGCAUUCGACCUAAUUAUGUUCAGGAAGGAGAUUGCUACCCACAAAAAGAUGAAUUUUCAUCUUGCGACGAUCUUAUGAGACAUUCUGUUUUGCAGUUUUUGAUAUGGUUAAUUGGAAUAACAGCGUUUUUUGGAAACUUCUUCACGGUUAUUUAUAGAGUGAAAUACGACAGGAAAAGGUUGAAACUAGGUUUUGGUAUAUUUGUCACAAAUUUAGCAGUGGCGGAUUUUCUGAUGGCUAUAUACCUCAUUAUCAUAGCCGUAGCUGAUUCUGCAUUUAGGAAAAGAUAUAUCUUCGUCGACGACUACUGGAGACACAGUGUAUGGUGUAACCUUGCUGGGAUACUGUCUACUAUUUCUUCGGAAGCCAGCGUUCUUUUUCUGUGUCUCAUAACCUUGGACAGGCUACUUGUCAUCAAGUUUCCCUUUGGUGGUGCUAAAAUGUCCCCAGACAAGGCUGUCACUUGUGUUAUUUCCACAUGGUUGUUUUCUACUAGUGUCGCCAUAUUUCCUGUUGCAUACGAGGGGUAUUUCAAAAACGAAUUCUACUCAAAAUCAGGAGUUUGUAUCGCUCUGCCGUUAACAGGAGAUCGUCCGUCUGGUUGGGCUUAUUCUCUUACAAUCUUUGUUUGCCUGAAUUUCGUCACAUUUCUAUUGGUUGCAGUUGGGCAAUUGUCUAUUUUUAUUGAGAUACGCAAAUCUGCCGGAAUUGCCACUUCUGUAGAAUCUGCAAGAAAGAGGGAUUUGAAAGUUGCAAGAAACCUAUUGCUAGUGGUAGCAACCGACUUUUUGUGCUGGUUCCCUAUUGGAGUUCUUGGAAUGCUUGCGCUGACCGGUUACGUGAUUUCCGGCGAGGUUUACGCUUGGGCGGCGGUCUUUAUACUGCCUGUCAACUCGGCUCUUAAUCCAAUUUUGUACACUUUGAGUGCAAUUAUAGGAAAAAAGAGUUUCAAUCCUAGUACUGACGAACAGUCACUCACGAAGAUAAGUAAAGAAAUCGGCGAAAAUGCGAUAAGAUGUUUCACCGCAAGCCGUCGACUAACUGCGAAGAAAACACUCCCGAGGUUUCAAGCCAUAAAUGAACUUGCCGAAGAAGAUGUGCAUAUAACUGUAGAUGUCAUUCUAGCAGUUGCUGCAAAACUUGCCCAAACUCUAGACGCGACUCAUUCUAAUUCUUUGGGAAUUAAAUGUCUGGACGUGACAACAGUCAUCGUUGGCAUUGCCAAUAAGAAGCUUACAGGAGCGGUGAAAAUUAAAGGUGAGCUGUUUAUUUCUUACAAACCGGAAGAUAAAACAAAUGAUAUCAACCAGCUAGGAGUACUGUUGAGGAGCAUUCUUGCUGCGAGAGAAAGGAAACGUUUAUCAAAAUAGGUGGAUUUAACACAUGGACAUGUCAAUUCGAAGGAUCAAUAUUGACUACGAACACAUGUUUUUGCUAAAUAGAACUGAAAUUGAACUGAAUCAAAAGAAGAUCAUUUCAUCUGUUAAGCUUAGUUUUAUAAGACGUCUAUUCCUUUAAGCUGUUGUCUAUCUAUGUUAAUCAAGAAACAAUUAAGCGUCAGCUCGUGGAAACACAAAAAUAUCUAUGUUCACCUUUUUAUCGACAAUUUUAAGUACUGACCCAUACAAUAGCUAGGUUUAAAAUGUAUACAGACUAUACGAAACGAUAAUUAAAUUAUUGUUUUGUUAUUUAAAAGUUAAUGUUUUGUUUUUGUUUUUAUAAUUAUCAAUGAGUUGCUUUUAAAUGCGUAUUUUACUUAUAGACAUUGUCUUUUUGUAAUAAGUGUAUUUUAUCCAUUCCUGAUAUAGUUUUGUUUCACUUGUUAAAGGCAUUGUUCAUGAAACAUUAAAUAAAGAAUGUGCUAUUUAACUUUAUAAUGUCUUUUAUAGUUUUAGAUUUUUGUAUUUAUUUGUUUUAUCAUUGUUACUUUUAAUCUGUUAAGCUUAAUUAUAAAUAUUAAUCUAUUGUCUAGAAAUGUGUAAAGCAGUAAUUCUGCGUGUUAUUUCUAACAACUAAACAAUAUAGCCAAUGCAAAAUAUUGAGCCAUACAAAAAUCAUUAAAUAUUUUAUUUUGCAUAGCUUGGAUUACAAUCAAUACAAACAGCUGUAGUUGCACAAAACGGUAUGCAGUAGUGCAAUAUAAAAAAAACGUUUUGCUUAAAAAAGUCAUAUACAACAAAAAACACCUUACGUGAUUAAUUCUUAAAGUAAUUAAAACAAUGUUUGUUGUCGUUGGUUUAUCUAAUGAAAACCUGAAUGCACCAGUUAUGUUUAGCAUUAGUUUUUGUUUCUGUUUUAACUGCAUUAUCUUUAUUUCUUGUCUGACUAUAUUCCUUAAAAGGGUUACUAUAGAUGGCAAAGUCGUUUAUACGUGAUAUCAACGUUUAUCGUUAUGUGCUAAUUCUGUAUGUAUUAGCCGGGCUGCCGCUUCCUUUGAGUAAUUUCAAGGCCGCAUUUAUAAUCGACCACACUUCUUUUCACCGGCUUAAUUGGAACUUGAACGGACUCCCUGAUUCAAAAGGUAUCAAAAAUGAUGCAUGAAAAAUAUACCGGCAGCGUAAGGCCUAAGGUUAGUUUUUAACUUUAAUCUUUAAGAUUUUGCAAAGGUUGUGCAAGUAGACUGUAAUUCUAAAUAAAGUUUGCAUUAAUAAAACAUGUACUAGUAUCCAAAAUUAUCAAUACGUGUUUUUUUAUCAUCAAGUGUUGAAUUAAUGCGAAAUAAUUAGUACUAUAGCAACAUUGUGAAAGCUCUCUUUGUAUAAAAUAAAGUCCUAUGCCUAAUUUUCAUUGUCGUGUAAACACUGAUAUGACUAUCGUAUAUCUUAUUUUAGGAGUAUCAUCCAAAUUCUCAUAAUUAUUCUGUUUAUAUCAUUGUUCUGUACAAUACUGUGAUAUAUCUGGACGAGUACCCUUUCGAAAAUAUGCAAGACUAAUGUUUUUUUCGGAUGGGUACGAGUCAAAAUAUAUCCCGUAUUAUAAAGGGAAAUGUUUCUUUUUAUUGCUUUAAUUUAUUUAUGUUUUAUCUUAUAUAAUGCUAUUUUUCUCAGUAAAAAUGAAAACAAUCAGAUGGACGUGAUUCCAUCUUUAAAACGUAUACCGAAACAUCGUAUCAAGCGUUUAUUGAUGUUUCAUCUUAACUUAAUGGAUCAGAUUUAUUCAUUUCCUUGUUCAAAGUACUAAAUCAAAUUGUCUGUCUAUUGAAAAUCUUUGAGGAAAAUUUUGUACAAUUAGUCAUGAAUCGUGUCAGGUUUAUUGCAUAAUAAAACUGUUAUGGUCAUGUUCCUCUAGGAGUAUGUAAAUUUUACAAUGUAAAAUGAAAUAUAAUAAUAGACAUAAAAAUUUUUGGUUAUUUCUCAGAAUCAGAAUUCAUGUUAAAAAUUAGAGUUUUACAGGCAAAAAUAUAUCGAAACUAUCGCAAAUCCCCCUAUACAAAAAAGCUCUUUCUUGACCUUUGACGAAGUUCUAAUUUUAAAAGAUCCCUAAAAUGGGUUUACGAAAUGUGAACUUAAGAACGCGACAUCCUACUGAAGUGUUUCCGAUUGUCGUAAAAGUAGCAUCGAGUGUUGGCUUCCUGUACGAAAUAUUACAGCUGUAAAAUACCUGUAUUUUUGUUCAAAAUAACAGCCAUGCUUAUUCCAAAUUUACACCUGUAGAUUGUAUAUAACAAUAUUGAUUUUACAGCUGUAGAUUUCAAUUUACAGCUGUCAAACGACUGUAAAACAGUUCGAAAUAUUCAAAUGAGCUACACCUGUAAAAAAAGUUACAGCUGUAAAAAUGCCCAAAAGUUACAGCUGUAGAAAUAUUAUAGAUAUUGAAAAAGAGGGCAUUAUUUUAAGGGACGAAAGUAGAGGUGAAACAGUUUUAGGAUGAAUUGCAGUUCUUAGAUAAGGUAGCAAUUACUAUGAAAAUGGCAAAAUAAAUGAUCUAGUACUAAAGUAUCUGUGAUAUGAUUACAGUACAGCAACAGCAAAAUUCAAGAAUAGGAUACAAAGAAGAACAUAUGCAGAUCUUGUUUAUAAAACUUUCUUUGUUAGUCAUGAAAACAUAUGACAAUCUUGUAAUUAUUUCUUUUAAACUUAUCAGCUUCCAGUAUAGAGUAAAUAGUUAAUGUAUGUACUAAUACAUGUCCUUUUACAACUAUAAAUGAUAAUUAAACAUCUGUACUUACUCUAUACCGCUUUAAAUUCCAAAAUUUUACAAGAUGUGAUGUCUGUGUGAAUUUCAGUUAUAUCCCGCCAAAAUGCAUUAAAGAUGGCUGACAAUACUCAUGUUUCCCUCCAAAAAUGUUACAGCUGUAAUUUUGAGACAUGACUAUUUUACAGCUGUAACUUUCAACAGUAAAAUUUUUACAGCUGUAAAUUGAGACCUUCAUAUUUUACACCUGAAAAUUUUAACUGUAUUUCUGAUCAGUUUUCCACUUACAGGUCUUUUACAGUUGUAAUUUCAAAAUACAGGUCUUUUACAGACGUUUUACAGCUGUAAAACAGGCCCUUUUUUCGUACAGGUUGGAGCAUUAAAAAGUGUGCCUUCAGGAGUUAGUCCUUUUGCAAAUUCAUUGAUAUACAGACAAACCAUUUAUAUCGGUUCCAAUAUGUAUUGUAGUAUGUGCCAUACUUCUGUAACUUAUGUAAUACCUUAUUACAAGUUUUUUUUUUUUUCGUUUUUUUUUUCAUAUAUAUAUUUUAUUCGUAAAGCACACACUUAUAAGUUUGAUGCAUAUAUUACUAUGCCUGGCUUUGUUUGAUUCUUGAUAUUUUAAAGUUUUAGGGCAAGUUGUUUUCGGUACUAUUCUUUAAUUUUUAUUAUGUUUGUUUGUAUGAAUAUGUUAUUGUUUGUGUUCGUAAAAUAAUAAUGUGCUGCUUUUAAAUAAGUAGUAUAUUUUCUUAAUAGAUGUGGUCCAUUUGUUAUUUUUUACCUAUUUCAAAUACUUUUUUAUUUCUUUGGUUUAAGACAUUAUUUUAGAAAAAAAAUGUAUAUAGAAUGAAAGUUUUCUGUCUGGUAUAUCUUAUCGUCGUUUAUGUACACAAUAGCUGUGAAUUAUGUCCUAUAUUUUUGCCUUGAUAUUUAAGUUUCUUUUUACAUGUUUUUGUCAAUCUUAUUUUAAAAAUAUUAAAAUAAAAGACAGACGAUAUUCUACAGAACAGCUUUAGUGCAUGCUGUGUGUUAUUUUCUGAAGUAAGUAACAACAUUUUGAGAUAAGGUACCCCGUUCGCCCUAACUUAGAAUUGCUUACUCAUUCUUUUCAGAUACAUUACUCGACAUUUGGACCCCAAAAUGAAAACACAAUGAACGAAAUAGCUCUUUAAGUAAGAUAUAUAUAUUAUGACAUCUAGCUCUCAUUAAAUGUUAGGAAAUAGUUUAACAACAUCUUUGCCCGUUAUAUUUUUAUUUCCUUUCAACUGGCGAAUAAACGAUCAACAAAUGAA